GGUAGCUAGAGCUUUAAAAUAUUACUAACACAGUAUUUAAACAAUAAUAAACUGUUUUGAGAUUUUCCCCAAUCAGCUGAUCCGCAACUGACAUGUACACGAGGUGCAAUGUCCAUGCUUUUAUUUCCAUAAAUCAUAAACAUAUACUUAAAUCACUCGCAGGAAUUUAAAAAUGAUAAUAAAUAAACAAAUUCAUACCAAAUGUACAAGCAUUUACCAAGGAAAUGUGCUUCUAAAUCGUCUUUUAAUUGUUGACGCGUGUUAUUGAUAGACAGUGCGACGGUAAAAUGACACGACUGUGAUAGUUACCAAAGUGUGAUUUUCAAUGAAAACACCGUUGAAAUAAGAAGCAAAACUGUGUUAUUGCUUGAAAUUGAUCACAUUUUCCAAAAAUCACAGUUAUAUUGAUAUGGCAAUAUCUUUUAGACUAAUAUUUUAAUUAAAUCAUAGAGUUGAUUCGGAAUUACCCGAGAUCCGGAACUACCCGAUCGACUGUAUGAUGAAAUAUUUUAAAAAUUGACGAAGAUAAUGUACUUGUAUCAAAAGAUCACUUGAAAUAAUAAGGAGUUUGAGAUGAAGGAGGAGGCAAAGACUAAAAGCUGGCAGUCGCUGGAAGGUCAGUUGACCAAGUUCACCAAUGUGAUGAAAGGCUGGCAGCCGCGAUGGUUUCUGUUGGACCCAGACUCUGGAAUGCUAGAGUAUUUUGAGAAAGAAGAGCAUAAGAAGCAGCGUGCCAGAGGGUCGAUUCACCUGGCUGCAGCUGUAAUCUCACCAUCGGAAGAAGAUUCCCAGACAUUUUCUGUCAGUGCUGCUAACGGAGAGGUGUUCAAACUCAGGGCCUCUGAUGCCCGAGAGCGCCAGCAGUGGGUGGACCGCCUGCGAGUAACAGCGGAGCACCAUGCCUCCUUCCUUAACAACAGGAGGUCUUACCACUCCAAGCAAACCUUGACACCCAUUGACCCGUCGCUGAGAAGUGUAAGGUCCCUGUCUAUGGGUAGCGCUGGUCAGCUUGAUAGCCAGAGUGGGCCCAAGGCACUGAAGUCUUCUGCUGAGAAUAUUGCACAACCUGCCUUACACAGUGCCCCUCCCUCUCGGCCCCCUCCACCCACCAGCAAGGCUCCUAUGGCCCACCCCCACACCAUUGACCCGUUCAGGGAGGUGAAAGAAUACAUGAUGGAGGCUGAAGACUACUCUCAUUCCCUUCUCGACAAAAUCAGUGCAUUACCACAGACCGGGGAGCCAAUAUCAGGGCUGGAUAAAGACAUGUUGCUGAUGAAGGCAACCUCCACGGCAACCCUUCAGUGUCUGGGGCAGUGUCUCACCAUGCUACAGCAGAGACAGCGUCAUAUGAAAAGGGAGGCUUUUGGUGGUGCAUCUUUGGGACAGCAGAGUGUUAGUUCUUCUGUAGACCAGCUUCCAAGAUUGGAGAUGCGCGCCAAGAGCAUUUCAGAUUCAAUCCCUUCACCUAUUGGAAGUUUCACAUCAGCAAAUGAGAUUCCGUUCCCUUUUCUAGAAGCUGCUUCAGCUCCCCCUGUGGUUCAUGAGGAGGAGGUAGAGGAUGAGGAGGAGUAUCAUGACCAGGACCUGGGUGGCGUGGAGGAACACAAGUCUAUCAUCCUACACCUGCUGUCCCAGCUCAAACUGGGCAUGGACCUCACCAAGGUGGUGCUGCCUACCUUCAUCCUGGAGAGGAGAUCACUCCUGGAGCUGUUUGCAGACUGCAUGGCCCACCCAGAUGUCUUCCUCAGGAUAACUAAUCUUCCUGACCCAGAAGAUCGGAUGAUGGCUGUCUUAGAGUGGUAUCUAACCUCCUUCCAUGCCGGCAGACAGGGCUCGAUUGCAAAGAAGCCAUACAACCCAAUUAUUGGCGAGACUUUCCACUGUUCAUGGAAGAUCCCUCCAGAGGAUGUUGGGACCACAAGAGACAGUCCAUACCUGAUGACGUACACUGCGGAACAAGUCUCACAUCACCCACCUGUCUCAGCGUUCUACUUUGAGUGCCCUGAUCGUAAUGUGUGUAUCAACGCAUCCAUCUGGACCAAGUCCAAGUUUAUGGGAAUGUCUAUAGGGGUGGUCAUGGUAGGAAAGGUUGUUCUCAAGUUACUAGACUUUGAUGAGGAGUAUGUGUUCAGCCUGCCCAGUGCCUACGCCCGCUCCAUCCUGACUACACCCUGGGUGGAGAUGGGCGACAAGAUACAGAUGACCUGUGCCAAGACCAACAUGAGCGCUAGUGUCACCUUCCAUACAAAGCCAUUCUAUGGUGGUAGGCUACACAAGGUUACAGCAGAGGUGAAGAACGGGAACACGGGCAAUAUCAGCUGCAAGGUGCAGGGAGAAUGGAACAGUAGCUUUGAGUUCACUUAUGCUGAUGGAACAACAAAGACAGUGAAUGUGCUUGAUAACCAGAUCUGGAAGAAGCGAGUGCGCCCGCUGGUGAAGCAGGGCGAGUUUGAAUCCCGACGUCUAUGGCAACAUGUAACCACGGCACUACAGAUCGGGGACAUCAACACUGCCACAGAGCACAAGAGAUUUUUGGAGGAGAGACAACGUGAAGGGGAGAGACACAGAAAGGAUACCAACACUCAGUUCCCAACCAAGUUCUUUGAGAAGAUUGGGGAUACCUGGACUUACAAAGACCUGCUGGAUAAGAGAUAAUGAAGUACUCUGUCUGUCUAUAGAACCAGUUCUGAUAGUAUGCCAUUCUCUUGUCUUCUUCGUGAAAGCAUCAGUUUUACCUCUUUACAUAAAGUUUCACGAUUUGUGGCUAAUGUAUGCAAGGAUAUUUAUAUUAACAAGAGCUUAUAUCAUACAUGUAGUGACCUUGGUGUUUUGGUGUAUUGAUAUUAUUUACAUAUUGGAGUUCAGGUCAAGUAUUUCAACUGUAAAGAAAUGGCUUAUGUUCAAUGUGAACCCUGCCCGUGAUGUCAUGUUUACGGGUAAAAGUUAUCCCUGUUGUCUUUAUUUAAUUAUGCCCCCCUUCGAAGAAGAGGGGGUAUAUUGCUUUGCUCAUGUCGGUCGGUCGGUAUGUCGGUCCGUCCACCAGGUGGUUUCCGGAUGAUAACUCAAGAAAGCAUACGCCUAGGAUCAUGAAACUUCAUAGGUAGAUUGAUCAUGACUCGCAGAUGACCCCUAUUGAUUUUGAGGUCACUAGGUCAAAGGUCAAGGUCACGGUGACCCGAAAUAGUAAAAUGGUUUCCGGAUGAUAACUCAAGAACGCAUACGCCUAGGAUCAUGAAACUUCACGGGUAGAUUGAUCAUGACUUGCAGAUGACCCCUAUUGAUUUUGAGGUCACUAGGUCAAAGGUCACGGUGACCUGAAAUAGUAAAAUGGUUUCCGGAUGAUAACUCAAGAAUGCAUGCGCCUAGGAUCAUGAAACUUCAUGGGUAGAUUGAUCAUGACUCGCAGAUGACCCCUAUUGAUUUUGAGGUCACUAGGUCAAAGGUCAAGGUCACGGUGACCCGAAAUAGUAAAAUGGUUUCCGGAUGAUAACUCAAGAAUGCAUACGCCUGGGAUCAUGAAACUUCAUGGGUAGAUUGAUCAAGACUCGCAGAUGACCCCUAUUGAUUUUGAGGUCACUAGGUCAAAGGUCAAGGUCACGGUGACCCGAAAUAGUAAAAUGGUUUUUGGAUGAUAACUCAAGAACGCAUAUGCCUAGGAUCAUGAAACUUCAUAGGUAGAUUGAUCAUGACUCGCAGAUGACCCCUAUUGAUUUUGAGGUCACAAGGUCAAAGGUCAAGGUCACGUUGACCCGAAAUAGUAAUAUGAUUUUAAUAUCAUAAAUACGUUACCUGUUAUCUCUAGCUACCCCUUUCCAAGGGAGUUAUUUCAUCCGGAAAAUAUUCAAGCGCUGGGAAUCGUCCACCUCUAUAAGAAUCCAAAUCAGGUUAAACAUAGUACAAUGCAACCUAACAGGAAAUCAAGAACCACAACUCAUCUUUCCUUUCCGGAUAAAACCAUGUGCACGCCUAUUUUAGGCUCAGGACUUAUGUGUUCUUUUCACUGUGUUUUUGGCGGAGUUUAAAAGGAUAAAGUUUAUUUAUCUUUUAUUUGUAUCAUUCGGUUUAUAUUUCUAUACUUUUUGUUGCAGUAAUUGUCAUAUUUCUGCUUUUGCUGGGUUUCUUUGUUUGCAUCGUCGCUCAUGUACAUGACGUCAUGAGCACGUGAACCACGAGGAAUUCGUGCCUAUUCCCCAAUAAGUAAUUGAGGUCAAUUGGACAGCGUUCUUUGUGUUUACAUUUUGUGGUUUAACUUUUUAUUUGAAUUUAUAAUCAUUAAUUUGUCUUUUGUAGGUUCUUUCUGUUUCUUUUAUUUCAGAAUGAACUUACAGGAUAGAGGUUCUUGUGGUCAUAUCAAAGCAAGGUGGGAUUCCCACGAUACUUGCUUGGCAUGUACCGGUUGCACAUUUAAUAACAAAUGUGCGGUUUGCGAUUUGUGGGCUUACGACGUAUGGACAAAAGCAGGUCGCCGGAGGACGUCGAUCAGCCGCAAACGCAACGAACCUCCAUCCGACGUUGAUUACCCGGUGACUCCACUGGUCAAGGAUGACCAGCGGUUUUGUCAGUCACUGGGUACCGGGCAAGAUGGUGUUGUUGUCAGUCGAUCGUCAUCAGAUCUUAUGACUCACACCAUGCAUACCGGCGACAUUGAUCAUGGAACGACUGGAUCAAUGUCAGACCACAUGACAGCCGCCAUUCUACGGUCUUUGUCCGGUGACGUAACCGGUCAUAAUAUGACCGGCCGGUCCGGUCCGGUCACCGGUCAUGUCACCGGUCCGGUCCGGUCAUGUCACCGGUCCGGUCCGGUCACCGGUCCGGUCCGGUCACCGGUCCGGUCCGGACCGGUGACCCGGUCCGGUCCGGUCACCGGUCCGGUCCGGUCACCGGUCUGGUCAUUGAUCACCGGUCCAGUCCGGUCACCGGUCCGGUCACCGGUCACCGGUCAACAGUCAUCAGUUGGGCCUGCCACCGAUAACACCAAUCGCCGGUCAAGAAGAACUCGGUCUUCAUCAUCGGCGUAUUCUUCUACAUCCGAUUCGUCGUCGAAUACAUCGUCUUCAUCAAGGAGUGGACAUCGGACACGCUCUUCUUCGUCGAGCAGUUAUCAUCGUCGCGGCGCUCAUAAGCGAUCACGUCGUCACUCACGGAGACGGUAUUCCAAAAAAUCUCGAUCUCAUCGCAGCCGAUCCACAUCUCGACAGCGCAGCCGAUCCAGAUCUCGACAUUGCAGGAAACGAGGACGUCGGCAACGUUCACGUAGACAGCAUCGGACUUACCAUACGUAUAGUCGUUCACCAUCGUGUUCCGUUAUGGAAUCGCAUGUUUCCAUGCCAAAUGUGUCGGUUCCAACGUUGACUGCCACACGUAUUGCAUCUUCAGGAGCUCAUCUCACUACUACGGCGUCAGUGUCAACACCACGGGUAUCAUCUACAGUAUCUAGUCGUGUACCCCCUACAGCUACCCUGUCGAAUCCUGAUACACUAUGGAUACAGAAUUCGGCAGGACAUUUUGUACCGGUCAAUGCUGAUAAUUUACCUUCUUCCGGUUUACAUUAUCAGUUUACUGACGUCGGGGAUGAUCAUUCGCUUUUACCAGACAAUUAUAAUCCGGUACAAGAUAUUCUCACUUCUGUUCCUGCUGAUUCUAUACAAACCGCUGGUGUUGUAGAGAGUGAGGCUGAUUCAGAUGCAGAAUCUAAUGUUGAGACGGAUCAAUAUUUAGCUCCGAUUGGUCAGAUCUAUGAACUGAUGUUUCGUACUCUUGGUGAAGAUUACUGUCCAAGACCUGCUGAACUGUCUUCAAAUGCGACGAUUUCUGUGACAGAACAACUUUUUCGUACAUUUGAUCCCAACAGGGUUAUUAAGUCGACGGCUCGUCCUGACCCACGACUUCCCAUUGGUUCUACUGUUCUAUCUGUUCUUCAAUCAUUGGAAUCAGCUAAUAAGACUAUUCCAAAACGAGGAGAAACAUGGAAAAUUCCUAAGGAACUAGCUGAUCCAAAACACCAGGAAGGUAGUAAAAGUUACAAACCUCCUGUACCACAUGCAACAUCUGGGUUGGAUUUUUCAAAACUUCCGGUUCCAGAUCCGGACAUAAGCAAGCUAUCUCUUGUAAUGCCAAGUGGUUCCAAUUCAGUUUCUGUUCCGUUUUCAAUGUUGGAAACUUGGGAAAUGAGGGAACGUAGAUCAUUAGGUUUGACUAACCAAAUUGACUUCAUGCUAGCGACAAUUUUACAAAUGGUGUGUGAUUGGUCGGAAUCUGUUCCGGAGGAACUCCGUGAUUUGUUAAUUCAUCUCUCACGGACCACACUGGCCUUAUCUCACACUUCUGCUUCUUCAAUGUCCGAGAUGCUAAGGAUUCGUAGAGAUCUUAUCCUUACUUCUUUACCUAAAGAUUUUCUGUUGGAACCUGGUAUGAACUCGCUCAGAACAGCUCCUCUCACAUCAGGGUUUCUUUUUGGUGGAAGGAUACAAGAAGCAAUCACAGCUGACAAGGAUGACCAACUUCAUGCUUCUUUAGCUAGAAACAACUCUGGACAACGCCAAGGGGUCUUUAAGCAUCCUGCUUCUAGGCCACCAGCAGUUCCAGCAUUCAAGACGGCUAAGAGAAAUAACCUUUUCUCUAAAAAGCCUUCUUUUAAUCCACGGUCAGGUCCUAAUAGGCAGUCUUCCUAUAACAGACCUUCUUUGUCACACAAGUCUUCUAAUUAAGAUUCUGGGAAAAAGGGCAAACCCAAGCCGGGACAGAGGAAUUUCAAACCUUCUACCGGCAGGGGCGCACCUCCUGCUUAUCAGCCCUAGGUCCCUUCCCUUUCUACCGCCACAACCUCCGAUGCCGGAAAUACCAGUCGGGCCAGACUUUUCCACUUCUCAAAUCGAUGGCUUCAAAUUACUUCAGACGCAUGGGUUCAUUCUCUUGUGACAAAAGGCCUGACUUUUCAAUUCGAAAAAAGGCCUCCACUUUCUCGCGUCCCUAUAGAGCUGGUAUCUCGGCAUCCACAUAUUCCAGAGUCCAUUCUCGGGCUCUUGUAAAAACAGGCGGUAGAAAGGGUUCAAGAUCCUUAUUCUCCAGGAUUUUACAGUCGUCUUUUUCUUGUUCAAAAGAAAAAUGGUUCCUGGAGACCAGUAAUAGAUUUAAAAGUGUUCAACAUGUAUCUCCUCAAACCAACUUUCAAAAUGGAGACUCCUUCUUUCAUACGGGAAUCCAUCAAACCCCUGCACUGGGGGGUGUCUUUGGAUCUGGAAGAUGCUUACUUCCAUGUUCCUAUACAUCCCAACUACCGAAAGUACUUGCGAUUCGCCUUUCAAGGCCAAGUCUACCAGUUCCGGUCUAUGCCUUUCGGGUUGGCGACAGCCCCACGAGUUUUUACCAAACUAAUGUCGGCAGUCGGAUCACACCUCAGAGUUCACGGGAUUAUUCUUCUUCAGUAUUUCGACGACUGGCUCUUACACCAGCUCGAUCGUCAAUUGCUUCUGUACAACAUAGAAUUCUCUUGGAAGGAGCUCCUCUCGUUAGGGCUCCUUCUCAAUGCAGACAAAUCAGACCUCAUUCCUUCACAGGACUUUACGUUUGUGGGAAUGAAUUUCUUGACCCACAUCAAUCGGGUCAGAGUGUCUAUUCAACGUAUAUCAGACCUUCUGAUGAAGGUCAACUGGGUUUUGUCCCAAUCUCAUAUAACAGCUCAAGAAUUCCUCUCUCUCAACGGUAUCCUGAGCUCAGUAGCAGACUUUGUGCAGUUGGGACGUCUCUUCCUACGUCCUCUUCAGCACUAUCUCUCAGCUUGUUGGAAAUGGUCUCCAGGCAAUCUAUUAACACAGAUUCCAAUCCUUCCCUCCUUAAGGUCUCAUCUUCAGUGGUGGCUAGACGAAGAGACUCUGUUGGCAGGAGUACCCCUUCUUCCCCCGCAACCGUCAUUAUAUCUAAUAACGGAUGCGAGCAAGGAAGGGUGGGAUGCUCACCUGGAACCUCUCAGUCUGAUAAUUUCAGGGUUGUGGUCUCAUCAGGAAUCUCACCUUCAUAUCAACAAUCUAGAAAUGCGAGCAGUAUUUCUAGCUGUAUCUCAUUUCCAAUCACAUCUUCGAGACUCUUGUGUGAUGGUGUCAACAGACAACACAUCUGUGGUGGCUUACAUCCAGGCACAGGGGGGAACACAUUCUCAAUCCCUGUAUCUGGAAACCAGAAAAUUACUUGUUCUUUGCAAAACACUCAACAUUCAUCUGCUGGCAAAAUAUAUACCAGGUCGCCUCAACGCCCUGGCGGAUGGUUUGUCUCGCAAACACCAGUUACUUCCAUCGGAGUGGACACUUCAUCAAGAAGUGACCAACCAGAUCUUUUUCAAGUUCGGUUAUCCCCUGGUCGAUCUAUUUGCAACCAGACACAAUCACAGACUUCCUCUGUAUGUGAGUCCAGUUUACGAUCCAGCAGCGUGGGCAAUCGACGCGCUUUCGUUUGCAUGGGACCAACUGGACGCUUACGCCUAUCCCCCACCCAUUCUAAUUCCCCAAAUAUUGGGGAAAAUCAGGGUGAGCUCUUGCAGGAUACUCCUGAUUGCCCCUUGGUGGCCCAGAAGAUCUUGGUUCAACGAUCUUCUCAGUCUCCUGUACGAUUAUCCCAGGAAUCUUCCUCACAGGUCAGAUCUUCUGUCUUAAAGCGGCAGACUACAUGUGGACCCAAAAAUGUUCCACUUACACGUCUGGCCGUUAUCAGGCAAUCUUUGCAGAAGAAAUGUUUUUCUGUCAGGGCUUCAACCCUCGUUGCUUCGGCAAGGAGAAAAUCCACCAGAGCAGUCUAUGAUGCUCGUUGGAAACUCUUCUCCAAUUGGUGUUUUCGAGGGAAAAUUAAUCCCCUCAAUCCCUCUGCUAGACGAAUAGCGGAUUUUCUCAUUUAUCUUUUUGAUGAUAAGAAACUUUCUCUUAGUUCCAUCAAAGGAUACAGAUCUAUGAUUUCACAUACAUUGGCUUUCACUAAGUCUUCACAAGUCUGUGCUGAUCCAGCUAUUUCAGAACUUGUUCGAGCUAUGGAACUUAGUCGUCCUGUAUCUCGUACACUUGCUCCUAAAUGGGAUUUAGCUUGUGUGCUUGGUUCCCUUAUUAAGGCUCCCUAUGAACCUCUUGAUCAGGCUUCAUUACAAUUCCUAACAUGGAAGACCGUUUUCCUUCUUACUAUGGCUUCAGCCAAACGGAGAAGUGAAAUUCAUGCUCUUUCUAUCGAGGAUAGUCAUCUUCGUUUUGACUCUUCUGAUGGUUCUGUUACAUUGUUGUGUCAGUCAGGAUUCCUUGCUAAAAAUCAACUCCCCUCUAUGGCUUCCAAACCCUUCAAAGUUCCAAGUCUAUCUAGAACUUGUGGACAUGAAGAUGAUGAUAGACUCCUUUGCCCGGUCAGGGCUUUGAAGUUCUACCUUAAAAAGGUAAAGUCUAUUCGAGGUUCUCGCAAGAGACUUUUCAUUCCAUUAAAAGGGGGGGGCGAUGUGUCUGCGGCUUCUAUUUCUCGUUGGAUAGCCUCGACUAUAAGGAAAGCUUAUUCUUCUCUUUCAUCGAGGGAUUCAUCCCUGUUUAAGAUAAGACCGCAUGAAUUAAGAGCUCUUUCGGCUUCGUGGGCUUAUAUUAAUCAGACCCCACUAUCUGAAGUGCUUCAAGCUGCUUUCUGGAGGAAUCCGACCACCUUCUCCUCUUUUUAUCUUCGUUCUCUUGAGUGCCAACAAGACAAUUUGUAUAAGUUGGGUCCUCUUGUAGUGGCUCAAACUGUAGUUUCUUCUAUGGCGUAAGUACACUGGUGCCAUCCGAGAAUUAAGUACUAUACUGUACUAACAAAGAUUAUAAGAGGACUUGAUUCUACUAUCUCUGGCUGUAAACCCUCUAUAUGGGUUUUGCUGUGAUGGGAAAAAAUAUGCGAACCUUCCCGCCGCAGCUGCAAAAUCAGCUAGAGAUAACAGGUAACGUAUUUAUGAUAUUAAAACAAAUUUUCUUAAGUAAAAUUCAUUUUAAUUAUUAAAUACUUACCUGUUAUCGGUAAGUCCCACCUCCCACCCCGCUCAUCGCCUUUUUAUGUUUGCGUAAAGGAAAGAUGAGUUGUGGUUCUUGAUUUCCUGUUAGGUUGCAUUGUACUAUGUUUAACCUGAUUUGGAUUCUUAUAGAGGUGGACGAUUCCCAGCGCUUGAAUAUUUUCCGGAUGAAAUAACUCCCUUGGAAAGGGGUAGCUAGAGAUAACAGGUAAGUAUUUAAUAAUUAAAAUGAAUUUUACUUAAGAAAAUUUGUUUUCGGAUGAUAACUCAAGAACGCUUUUGCCUAGGAUCAUGACACUUCAUAGGUACAUUGAUCGUGACUUGCAGAUGACCCCUAUUGAUUUUCAGGUCACUAGGUCAAAGGUCAAUGUCACAGUGACAAAAAACGUAUUCACACAAUGGCUGCCACUACAACGGACAGCCCAUAUGGGGGGGCAUGCAUGUUUUAAAAACAGCCCUUGUUAUGAGCAUCAUAACGUCAACACCAGCAUGUUCACAUGUUAAUUUAUGUUUCAAGUUUCUUAUGUGACAUCUGUAUGUAUUCUAUGUUAAUAUCAUGUUCUGAUGUUAAAUUUAUAUAUAAAUUGGACUGUAAUGAAGAAGUUCCCAUUAAUAUAGCUGUCACAAAUUGCUUGGAUACUUGUUUAGUUGAAAUGCAUAAUUUGCAGACAAUUUGUAAAUCACUGGAUAAAAAAUCCAAGGAUUGCUAGUUCAGUUUUGGGAUAGGCAAAAUAACUAGUUUUGUGAUUGGUCUUUGAGUUUUCCUAAUGCAAUUCUCCUGUAACUUUUUUCCUACUACACCUGAUUUAAGAUGUGCAGUUGCAAGUUACUGAUGCAAUAUGUAUGUGUGGAUAGUACCAAUACUAGUGAGCCAGCUCACCCAGUCAAAGUAAGUGCAGGAUAAAUGACUGCAUGACUGACUGUACAAUGUAUUACUGAACAACUGUAAAAGACUGCAAUGCUGUUGAUGAUGGCAAAAUUUCCACACUUACAAAACCUAUAAAAAAUUAUGGUUUGAUUUUAUUUUAUAGCUGGUUCUGCAAGUGGGAACUUUAAAAAAAGAUGUUGUGUUUUUCAAAUAAAUUCAUGAUAAUAUGUAAUAAUUACCGUAUGUAUAUCAUACCUGUGUUUUUAAUGAAAUGAGCAACAUAUACAUAUUCAAGUAUUUUAUAACAAUUGUCUUACAAUGUCUGCAUUAUGAUAACUAACUCAUGGAUGUGCAUGUAUUGAAAUUAGUCCCUGUGUUACUCAAGUAAUUCUAUUGUAUUGAGUUAUAUAAAAUUCGAAAUAUCCCAGAGCAUACUUCUAAUAAGUGCAUGUGUAAAAGUGCUAUAAUUACAUUGCUUCUUAUUUGAUCAUGAGAUUUUAAUACUUAUAGUCAACUUGUAGCAUUUAGCUAUAAAGAUAUACAUGUCUGUCUACUAUUCUUUAAUUAGUGUUUCUCUGGUCUGUAAGCAAGUAUAUAGCAUGAUAGUUAUUUUUUCCGAACAAAGAAAUUGUUGAAAAUAUAACGACUUUAAAUAAUAAUCAUAUAUAUAUAAUGAAUAUAUAAUGAUAGUAAUAUUUUUUUCAAAACAGAUGAAAUGUUGAAAAAUAAACAAUUUGAAUAAAGAUUCAACAGCAGUUGUACAAAAAAUCUUGGGAGAUUACAGUUUUUGAAAAUUUCACAUAUUUUUAUUUUUAUGAAAGAAAACUCAUUACAUAGGAAGUACUCUAUCGGCGAAAAUCCUCUAUUAUGUGCAGAUUAAUUCAUAUGGCACUUGACGCAAUUGUGUAAUUUGUUCUUUUGACAACAAACACAAGUUAAUGUAUAAGUAUGGUCAUAAAAAAGUUCUUUUGAAUUCAAGUAAACAAAAUUUGAUUAAUAGUAGUAUAAAAAGAUAACAUAGCCUGUUUAACAUAAUGUAUUCUAUUCAACAUUUUGUGUUCAUAUUGAUGUAUAGGAUUAUGAUUGAAAUUAUAAGAUGUUGACAUUAAAAUCGUAUUCACUUGCUUGCAUGAUAGUUCAUUUAUAACAGUUUGAUAUGUAUGAUGUCAGUUAUACCCCAUUAAGUUUUACAGACCUGCUCUUAAAAUUGUAUCAAUAUCUUGUGGCACAUGUGCAAAAUAUGCUUUAUAUAUCAUUAAAUAAAGUUUAAAUGAUGUUA